GAAUACUGGAAGAACAAAGCUGAACAUUGUGCUGUGUGGAAAUAAUCCAACACUCAAGAGCUCUGUGUCUAAAAUGUUUAGAGGGAUAACAAGAAAAUCUCCGAGAGAGAUGAGCAAUGCGUGUGUGAAGAAAGAGGGAAUGAUUCAUGGUCGUCAGAUCAGUGUAAUAGAGCUUCCAGCUCUCUCUUGUCUCCCAGAGGAGGACGUGAUGCAGAAGACUCUCUGCUGUGUGUCUAUCUGUGAUCCUGGAGUUCAUGUGUUCAUCCUCGUUACUCCUGUCACUCCACUUACUGAUGAAGACAGAGCAGAAAUGGAGAAGAUUAAAAGAAUAUUUAACUCACAAGAGCACUUCAUGGUGCUUUUCUUUACUGAACUCACUGUUGAUGAAAGUGUGACAGAUUUUGUAGAAUCCACAGAAUCUCAGAGGAUUGUGAAUCUCUAUGGGAGCUGUUACAUUGUGAUGGGGUUAGAGGACCAGAGAAGCUCACAACAGAUCUCAAAACUCUUUGAUCGUAUAGAGAACUUGAAGACUGAACCCUAUUCUCUGCAGAUGUAUACAAGAGCUUUAGAUAAGAGAGUCAGACAUGAACUAGAGAAGAAACUGAGAGUCAGAGACAAUGAAGUCAAAGAGAAGAAGCUCAUGACACUGGUUCCAGAGGGUGUGAGGCUGAAUCUGGUUGUGUGUGGGAGUAACAGAGAAUUAAUAUCCUUCAUUUCAAACCUGAUCCUGAAGCAGAGCGAGAGCGAGAGCAGAUCAGAGCUGAGCUCAGAGUGUGUGAAGAGAGACGUGGAGCUUGAUGGACGUAUGGUCAGUCUGGUGGAGCUUCCAGCUCUGUUCAACACUCAGCUCUCAGAGGAGGAAGUGAUGCGUCAGACUCACCGCUGUGUGUUUCUCUGUCAUCCUGGAGUUCAUGUGUUCAUCCUCAUCAUUCCUGAUGCUCCACUUAAUAAUGAAGACAGAGCAGAACUAGAGGAGAUCCAGAAGAUCUUUAGCUCUAGAGUCAACAAACACAUCAUGAUCCUCAUAAAGCAGGAUUCAGAUCAUCAGACUGCAGAACUAAAUGAAGAAACACAGUCUGUCAUUGAGAGAUUUGGAGGACAACAUUAUUUAAUCAGUCCCAACACACAAGUGUCUGUGUUGAUGGAGAAACUGGAGCAGAUGAUUAAGGAAAACAGUGGUGUUUAUUUCUCCACAGAGACACUGAUGGAGGCACAGAUGGAGAAACUAAAGGAAUUUGAGGAAAUGAAGAGGAAAGUCCAUUUAUUGCAGACACAAGAUUCAAGAGAAAGAGAAGUUGAACUGAGGAUUGUGCUGCUGGGAAAAACUGGAGUUGGAAAAAGUUCAACUGGAAACACAAUCUUAGGAAGAAAAGCAUUUAUUUCAGACAUUUCUCUAACAUCUGUUACUGAAGAGUGUCAGAAAGAGACGUAUGAAAUCAACAGCAGACACAUUACUGUGAUUGACACUCCAGGACUGUUUGAUACUGAACUCAGUAAUGAAGAAACCCAGAGAGAAAUGAGUAACUGUAUCUCCAUGAUCCUGCCUGGACCACAUGUGUUUCUCUUAGUGAUUCCAGUGAGACGAUUCACUGAAGAAGAUGCAAAAUCAGUGAAAAUCAUCCAAGAGACAUUUGGUGAAAACUCUUUAAAGUACACCAUAGUGCUCUUCACCAGAGGAGAUGAUCUGCAGAACAAAACUAUUGAACAGUUUCUGGCAGAACCCAGAUCUCCUUUAAAUCAGUUGAUUGAGUCGUGUGGAAACAGAUUCCAUGUGUUCAAUAAUAAAGAGACUAGAGACCGAACACAGGUGACUGAUCUACUGCAGAAGAUAGACAACAUGGUGAAGACAAAUGGAGGGAGUUACUACUCAUGUAAGAUGUUCAGAGAGAUGGAAAGAAAAAAACAAAGAAGAGAGGAAAAGGAGGAGAAAUGGAGAAAGAAAGAGCAGGCAAUGUGGGAUGAAUGUAAUCAGAAACUUAAACAAGAGAGAGAGAGAAUGGAAAGAGAAAAAGAAAAUCUUCAAUCCAAAUAUGAAGAAGAGAUGAAGAAAAGGAAGAUGAUGAUGGAUAAGGAAAGACAGAAUAAUGAUAAAGAGAGAAAGAGAAGAGAACAUGAAUUUAGAGAGCGGGAAGAACAAAAUAAAGCAGAGAUACAAAGAGAACGAGAAGAAUGUGAGAGACUGAAACAAGAAGCAAGACAAUUAAGAGAAGAAGAGGAUGAGAAAAGGAAAAAGAAAGAACAGGAAAUGUUAGAUAACUUUAAUCAGAGACUUAAACAACAGGAAGAGAGAAGACAGAGAGAGAAAGUAGAUCUUCAGGCCAAACACGAAGAAGAGAAAGAGAAAAUAGAAAAAGAGAAAGAAGUUAUUUGGUCUAAACAUGAAGAAGAGAAAGAGAGAAUGGAAAGAGAGAAAGAAGAUCUUCAGCUCAAAUAUGGAGAGGAGAUGAAGAGAAUGAAGAUGAUGAUGGAAGAAGAAAGACAGAAUCAUGACAAAAAGAGAAAGAGAAGAGAAGAGGAACUUAGGGAGAGAGAAGAACAGAAUAAAGCAGAGAUGAAGAGAGUGCAAGAGGAAUGGGAGAAACAGAAACAAGACGCAAGACAAAGAGAAGAAGAAGAGGAGAAAUGGAGAAAGAGAGAACAGGAAAUGUGGGAGGAAUAUAAUCAGAGACUUAAACAAGAGAUAGAGGGAAUGAACAUGAAGAUGCAGGAAGAAAGAAAGAAUCAUGAUAAAGAGAGAACAAGAAGAGAAGAAGUGAAUGAGAGGAGGAAGAAAGAACAGGAAACAUGGGAUAAAUGUUAUGAGAAACUAAAACAAGAGAUAGAAAGAAUUAAGAUAAUGAUGGAGGAAGAAAGACAGAAUCAUGAUGAAGAAAGAAAGAGAGGAGAAGAGGAGGAUGAGAGGAAGAAGAAAGAACAUGAUACAUGGGAUGAAUAUUAUGAGAAACUAAAACAUGAUCUAGAGAUAAUGAACAUUAAGAUGGAGGAAGAAAGAAAGAAUCAUGAUAAAGAGAGAAAGAGAAGAGGAAUUUAAGAGAAGUGUUAAUUAAACUGAUAUGUUUAAUAUCAAUUUUAAGCUGAUUGUCGUUCAUUUUAAUAUACUGGGUUACAGGUUCACUAUGUAAUAGGAGUUGCACAAAUUAGUCAAUUAGUCGACUUCAAUGCUGUGCAUUGAUGCUUUAAGCUUGAUGUUCACUAGU